AAAUCGUCCAACGCUGAUGAUGAUAAACGUUCCAGCUGCCACCACGGGAACCACAGAGGACGUGAUCGACCCCUCCAAACAUUUUAAAAAGGUUCUCCAGUUUGUGGAAAGCACAGCUACAAUCGUCCUUUCGCGGCUGGAGGAUUUGAAAAUACUUUCUUAUACCAUCGUCAAGCUGGCCUUUCUGCUUCCGAUGGCUUGCUUAAAGGGCCCAGGCGGUGGCGAGCCCAUAACGCCAGCAAUAUCGCAUCUCGAUGCACCUUUUCCUUGGCAUUUACUCUGCUUGUGCCUCAACCUUUUGCAGCGGGCUUUGAAACCCCCGAAAAAUACGAAACGAGAGAGUUUCCCCGCACGGCCGAGAAAAGGCCGCUUCCCGAGGACUGGGCGAUCCGCGGACUUGUGUGGGCAGAAACAGCCUUCCCGGAUAACCAUUUUACCCUCAAUAAAACGUCGCGAAAGGUGUCUGUGGCUUGCGUACCAAAUCGCCCAGAUUGGAACGUCGGGAAACGCCGACAACAAGGGCAAAGAGAGCCGUUGGAUCACGUAUAAUCCCGACACGAAAAAGUUCCGUCCGGCCGCCAAAUACGUGUCAGACGUUAAAAUGCGGCCUCCGGUUGCCAAGGCAACGUUUCUGGACGAUAAAAACGUCCUCCCAGAGACGGAGCUCGCGGGCAUCAGUUUGGGGCCAGAAAAUACAUUUGGAGCAAUUUCGGUGUAA